AUGAUUGCCAAAACCUCAAAACCGCCAGCAUCCAAGCUUUUUGAUACUGCCUUUAACCUGGCUGUCAAGAAAGGAGUCGUUUUAGGCUACUUUAGACAGCCAAAAGGCCCCGCAGGCCCUAUCAAGCUGAUAAGGGAAGCCGCUAAAAAAUUGAUCAAGAAGGCAGCUGACAAGAAACAAACUACCAGAACAGCUCCCAAGACAACCACGAAGGCUGUCACCAAAGGCUCCAAACCAGCCACUAAAACGGCCAUCAAGAAGGCGGCUCCACAAAAAGUUUCGCCAAAGAAGACCGUUGGAAAGACACCGGUUCCAUCGAAAACUGCCAAAUCCUCCGCCAAAACUACUUUGAAGGCAACUAAAUCUUCAAAAUCUGCCAAAAGUAUCAGCACUUCCAAGGUGUCAAAAAAAGCUACCCCAACUGAGGCUGGUAAGAACAAAAAUUCAACUAAAGCUUCUUCAGCUAAGUCUGCUGCGAAAAGAAGCCCUGCUGCCAAGUCUGCAGAUACGAACAAGAAGGCCACAAUUUCGAAAGUUACCAAGCCAAAAGCUGCUCCCAAGAAGGCUACAGCUACCAAAAAAUCUGCUUCCAAGAAAGCUUCUUCGGCUAAAACAUCAAAAUCCUCCAAGAAAUGA